UGACAAAGGCAAAGCAAUGGAAGCUAUUUCAAAAGAACCUGGACAAGGAAAUAGAACUACAAGAAGAAUUACACAACACCAUCCAUAUGUCAGUAGAAAGACUCUGGAACAUCACCUGGAAUAGUAUCUGUAUGACAGCAAAAAGACACAUCAGAAAAGCCAACCCAAAAAAGACCCCCCACACACAAGCAAACAAAAAACUACUUCCAAUCACACAAACUCAACUGAAACAUCAGCUUGGUUUAUAA